GUACAAUCAGAGAGAGAGCAAUGUAUCCCUUCUUUAAACUCAUAAGGAAAAAAACAUAAAAUUGCAUAGUUCCCAUUUAAGGAAAUAUUUAAUUAAAUUAGUAACAAUAUAUGUAUUCAGUGCUGUGUGUUACUCAUUUCUGUUUGAACUGUUGCUCUGAUGAGUAAAAUUUUGUGAAAAUGUGUGGCAUCAAGUUCUUUGUUAUUCUAAGUUUGGCAUUAUUUGCCACAUCAGUAACAGCCCAAAAUGACAAAGCGUUGUUGUGUUUGGAAAGUCCUGCAAUGACGGAGCAAGCUUCAAAAGUAUCAAAAUGUUAUGAAGAUAUGUUUAAUACAGUACUUCUAAACAACUCAAGCUUGAGUUGUAAGAGUUUCUCCGAUUUUAAUAAUUCCUACACUUCGUUCUACAAAGAUGCUAAGAAAUGUUUCAACAAUACGAAUACAGAAUUGACUGAAGCCGAAAAAACUUUCCUUAAUAUGGUCAAAGCACUACGGGAUUUCGAUAAAUUAAUUGAGACACAAUGUUUGGUCGCCAUAAUGCCUCAAAUACAGGAGUGUAGGCAACAAAAUUUGACUGAAAGAAAUAAUACUGAAACCUGGCUUCGAAGGGCUAAUGUGAAUAUUUCACAAUACUCAUGCGACAAAAUAAAAAGCAACAGGAACUGCACAAUUAAUGUUGUUAAGGAACAUUGCAAAUCAGAUUACAAUAAAGAAGUGUCAAAUCUCAUCAAUUCAUUGUAUGAUAUAGCUUUGAAGCAAUGUAACACGACAACUCCUACUGCUAAGGGGUCCAGUCCUUCACCACAUCUAUCGUUAUUUUCCCACUUAUUUUUAUUCAUAACCUCUUUUGCAUUAAUAGCAAAAUCGUAAUGUAGCUAGGGGAAAAAUGGUGAUUCUACCAGCAAGGCUGUAAGGAAAGUCAUAAAAGAACUGUAUUACUUAUAUUAUAAAUAAAAAAUUUAACAGUUAUAUACUGUAUUACUGACUGACAUUCUGGAAGAUUAAAUUAUGCAAAUAUCGGUAUUGUAGGUGCCGAUUGUUAGUUGGUAGUCUCGUUAUUUGCUAUAAUUAUAAAAUAAUAUUUUUGUACUUAAGUAUUAGCACCUCAUAUUAAAAUAAUGUAAAUAAGGUAAUGGCACCCCUGAUGCCUCAAUAAUUAAAAAAAGCCAUAAAACCGUUUGGUAAAGGAUAAUAAACAAAAUGUUUGAUUAAAUUACAACAUGUUUAAUAAUAAAAGCAUCAAUAAAAAAUC